AUUGUCUAUGUUUCAAACUCAAUUUUUGUUUACAUUUCCUGACCAAAAUUUAGUUAUAUUGUCAGGUUCAAUGUUUCUAAAUACUAAUUUCAGGUAUUUUAACUCAUACGUUGUGGUUACAUUGUAACUUUGAAUAAAAUGAUUUUAAUGAAUAAAUUGUUAUAAUUUCAAAGGUAUACACAAAGGUUACUUUUCAUAUUGGCUUUUUUUUCAAAACUUCAAUUUGGUGAAGAUGAUAUUUUAUCUUGUCAUGUUGCAAUAAAAUGGAUUUGAUUUGAUUUGAUUUUUUUACACAAUUAAAAUUCAUUUUUAUUGAAAAUGUCUCCCAAAUUACUAUUGACUGUUGUAAAUACUCAUAGCUUGUUUUAAUUAGCUACUGCAUGUUGUAACUAACUAUUGCAUGUUGUGUAACAAAUUUGUGCUUUUUUGCUUUUGCUAAAUCUUUCUUUUUCUUUAUUGAUUGGUGUAGGCCUACAGAUUUACACGGUUUAUGUUUGGUGGCGCACUCUGAUAACUUCUAUUAAAACACUUUUAUUUAUCUCGUGAUAAUUUGUUGUCUAGUCUGAGAUAAACAUUGAACUUUUAAUGAUGCAAUCGACAAUAUUAUUUCUCAAAUACCUGCUGGUUUGUUUUAUAAUCAGCAAGACUCUUGCUCUAAAUAUUACGAUUACUAAAUCCGUUAAUGCUGAUGACGAAAGCGAUCAGAGUUUCUACGUCACAGAGGAUGAGGUUGAGAUUUUGGAAGUACGUAUUGAAGAUAUAACUGAAGAUUUAACUCUAGUCGCGAUUUCUACAGAUGAGAAUAUCUUCCAAAUCCAGAAUAAAACGAGUCGUUUUCCUGUCUCUAUCGAAUUUGAUACGGUUCGGAUCGGUAUACUAGGAGUUUUUGUUGGUAUUGAGAACAUUGAGAUAAGUCUGGAGAGUGACAGUGAAGUUAUUGUCAAAACUUUGCAACCAAUAAAGGUGAAACGCAAGAAUGUUCUGAUCGCUACUAUUUACCAGUGGACUCUGACUGCUUGGCUUGUCAUCUCCUACAUCACCAUGGGCUGCAAAAUGGACUGGAGAAUCAUAAAAGAGAAACUACGCAAGCCGUACGGGGUGUUAAUUGGUGCUUUUUGUCAGUUCAUAAUUAUGCCAGCUCUGUCGUUUGGCCUCGCUAAGCUUCUUAAACUCGACGACUCGGCAGCAAUCGGACUUGUUACCGUCGGAUCAUGCCCCGGUGGAUGGCUUAGUAACGUCUUCAGUCUACUACUUGAUGUUGAUUUCGUUCUAAGCCUUACAAUGACAUUUUGCUCUACCAUUCUUGCUCUCGGGUUUAUGCCACUGAAUUUGUACUUAUAUGCAACGCAUUUUGUUGGCGACAACGAAGAUCUAAAAACUCCGUUUGUUGAUAUAAUGAUCCAGCUGAUUUCACUGGUCAUUCCUGUAGUGAUCGGUAUGUUCAUUUUAUACAAAUUACCAAAAGUUGCUGAACUCUGCUUAAAGUGUUUGAAACCGUGUGCCGUGAUUCUGAUCAUCAUAAGUUUAGGUCUGGGAAUCCCAGCCCAGUUUUACAUAUUUUAUUCUUCCUGGGAAAUAUGGGUGGCGGCAGGGUGUCUACCUUUCGUGGGCUGCUUCCUCGGUUUUGCAAUCUCGAAGAUCGCCAAGAUGGAACUAAAGUCCUCUGUUACGAUAUCUUUAGAAACAGGUGUUCAAAACAGCCUGUUGGCGAUCGCUAUGGUGGGUAUAUCAUACAAAAAACCGGAGUCAGACCUAAUCGGCCGCGUGCCCCUUCUGAUCGCCUUGCUGACAUUGAUGGAAGGGAGCCUUGUGACCAGUUUUAAAGUACUCAUUCAGAAAUUCUGUUGGAAGUCAAUACCGGUGGAAGAUGAGAAGGAAAUCAUCGGUAAGGACCGUUCCAAAGAUACUGAUAUGAAAGAGAUCAAUGGAAACAAGACUACUAGUGUGCCGAGCAUUUCUGUCGCGGUUCAAGUCGGUGACGAGAAUUUCACUAAUGGAUCUACCACCGUUAAUGCACUGGACAAUCCGGCUUACUUAGCUGAAUAAU